GUAGAUAUUGCAGUUUAUCAACUGGAGCCCUCGCAACUUGGUUGAACUUCCCAACGACGGCUUCUCCCCUGUCUGAAUAGGCGCAAUUUUGAUUGUUUGGCCUGCAUUGCAGAAACGGCAGUUCGCCAAGCGGGUGCACUGCCUGGUGUCCCUGCACUCAGCAUAAAAUCCCUAGGCUGGCACUUCAUGUCCCCGCUCUAUGGCAACCCUUCUCACCAGUUUCUUCCUCACCUGGAAAAGCGUUUAUGCUGCGCCAGCCUCUCCCUACUCCCCGCUUAAUGCCACCGGAUCCUCGUUCAACAUUUCAGAGACCUGCGUUGAUAUUCGCAACUGCCGGACGCAAUUCGAGCUGGUCUCUAGUUGCCUCCUGACUGUAUUUGCGUGUGUGUGGACUGCGGUUCACCCCCAUCUGCCCAGUCAAACAAUAACCCUUUUUUGGCACCUUA